AUUUUUAUCGGCAAAUAAACCAAAUGAAAAUCAGUACUGUAUAAAUAUAAUAAUUAAGAAAUUUAUAGAACGGAAAUAAACACCUGUAAUAUAAAUGAAUACUUCACGUGAUUCGAUGUAUGACAAAUUGCACUUGUGACGUAGACAAGUUUGUUUCGCAUCCAAAUGUCACGUGACUGAUGACAUUUGUGAAUAAAUCAUAGAGUUUCGGAUCGUCGCAAAGGGUGCUUUUAACUCGCUUACAAAGAGGAAACACGAGAAAUGAAUAAGUUCACGUUUAUAUUCGUCAUUAUCGUAAUUGCUCUGUCGAGAAGCGGAGAAGGUAGAAACAGAAAUGCCCAAGACCGCAAUUCCAUUUACGAUGUGCUAAAGUUAAAUAGAAGAAGUAACAUUGUUAGCGGUUCAUUACGUCGUAUAACUGAUGAUAAUCCAACUACUAAUGCAACUAAAACACCUACUGUUAUACCUGCCAUUAAAUCCGUUGAUGUACCUGUUGAAAUCUUAAAUCAACUUCCACCUGCUGAAAUCGUAAUUCAACCUGCACCUUUCAACGUAAUUAUUCCAGGAGCUAUAUUGUCAAGUGGAAGAAUUUCCUUCAAUAGGGUAAUCCGAUCAAUCCAUAUGUAAAAAGAUUACAAUUGCUCACGUGUCAGGGAAAAUUUGAUUAAAAGUUUACCUGACUAAUAAGUUAAUUUUCGGUGUUUCUGGAUGAUAUUUCUUAAUUGUUUAUACGGAAUUAUGUAAACCCAACAUUGUUAAUUAUUUAUGGA